CUAAUUCAUAUUACGUUCUUGGUCCGUCAUCUGAUCGGGUUAAUCCCAUCAUUGGUGCUUCCAUUGAGAGCUAACUGUGAGAUAAGGCUGUGAGAUUAUGGCCGGACGAAGGACGAGACGUAACACCGCUGCUUCUGCUCAGUCGACUGUGAGGAGUGACCACCCUGAACAGGGUAUGAUCGUUCCUGUCAAUGGGUUGGAAACGGCGUUGAAUAAUGUGGCUAACAUGAUUGCCAAUAUUAUGGAACGGUUAGACAAGGCUCUCCCUGGUCCAUCCAGAACCCGGGAAGUCCCUGCCGGGCAACCCCGCCAGGUCUUGCGUACUGCCAGUUCUCCCAUCCUCCAGGAGCUUCAUGAUCCGGAGGAGGUCGAGAGGGAAAGAUGGGCCAUCGCUAGGCGCCGGGCGGAGGAAUUGGCCCGGAACAGUAGGGCGAAUGGAGAUCGAGCCAGGGCUGUGAGUCAAGUCGUUGGCAACGGAAACGAAAACCCACGGGGAACUGUUUUUGAAAGGAUACUUCACCAGAGGGCUCACCGGCAGCGAAUCGGCCGCGGUGGGAGCCAAGCGCCGAUGAGGUCAGUGGUGGUCCUAGACGAGGACGAAGUUCAGAGCCAAGUUAGGGUCCCAGCACCGCAGCGCCUGGGGCCGCAAGUUCUGGAGGCUGGCAAAUUCCAGGAUCUGAGGCAACAGAUCCAGGAGAUGCAGAGGAAGAUAAACAUGGGACGAGUAUUCACUACCCGGACGAAUACUCCCCUUGCCCCGGAGAUCUUUGCGGAACAUUAUCCGCAGGGAUUCAAGAUGCCGUUCGUUAAGCGUUAUGAUGGGGAGUCGGAUCCCCAAGAACACAUAAACAGCUACGUCCAGGUGAUGAUUGCCGUUGAUGCCAGCGAUGCGUUGAUGUGCCGAUGCUUCUUGCAGACGAUGGAUAGUAAGGUGGUAGAUUGGGUGAAUCACAUUCCUGCCGGAUCGAUCCGAACAUGGGAUGAAUUGGGUUUGCGUUUCCUAGAACAUUUCGCAGGGAACUGCCGACCCAAGAAGCAUUUCACUCACCUGUUGGCUUCAGUGCGGCAGAAGCACGGAGAAUCCUUGAAAAAUUUCCUAAUCCGGUGGAGAAAAGAGUCCAGGGAGAUAGAAGGAACCGACGACAAAUCCAGGUUGGCCAUGUUCACGACGGCAUUACCAGAUGGUCUCCUUCAUACUGAUCUUACAACUCAUCCCCCGGAUACCUUUGAAGAAGCAAUGGUCCGGGCUGGAAGGUAUAAGGUUUGCAAUGUGGAGGACACGGGAAAAUGGUGUUCCUACCACCGCAAGAAUGAUCACUACACAAAGGACUGCUAUACCCUGAAGAAUGAGAUGGCGAGGCUAAUCCGCCGGGGCCAUCUGAAGAGGUUUGUACAAGACGGUGACGCGGGGAAUCCCGGGAACGCUCAGAAUGGGAAGCGAAGAGAUAAGGAAGUGGCCCAGGCUGAGACUCGGGAAAAACGCCACAUCAGGCUAGAAGAUGAAGAAGAGGACUCUGAGCCCGCACCACACCGCCAGAAGAAACACCACGAGUGUAACUUCAUCAUUGGAGGGAAUACUGGCGGAAACUCGGCCACGAGCCAGAAGAAGUGGGCCAACGCACAAGGUGCUGGUUCCAGAAGAGAUGAGUUGUCACACUAUAAGACUCCGCUGACCGGGUUCACUAGCGACUCUAUUGAACCGGAGGGGGUAAUAACUCUCCCGGUCGAAAUAGGGGAUACUAAGGCCACCCGGAAGUUGGACAUGGAGUUCGUCGUAGUGGGGAUAAUCUCCAAUACAAACAUCAUCCUGGGCAGACCCAGAUUGGAAGAUCUAGAGUGUGUCAUUUCACCUCGACACCUAUGCAUAAAAUUCCCAACCCCCCACGGAGUUGGAAUCGCCAGGGGAUCCCAAAGAGUGUCCCGAGCGUGGUAUUUGAAGGCAACUAAACAGCCUAUCAACUACGACACCCAAGUGGGGGAGGUGACUGCACAGCUUUUAAGGGCCGAGGAGAAAUGUCCCAGAGUAGAAGUUGCAGGUGACAUUGAGGAAGUUGAACUGGAGCCGGGCACGCCGGGAAGGCUGGUUAGAAUUGGAAAGGGCCUGGGGACUGAACUCAGGUCACGGGUAAUCUCUGUUCUUAGGAGGUUCAGAAAGGUCUUUGCAUGGAGUCCAGCUGAUAUGGCAGGGCUGGAUCACAAGAUUGCAGUCCAUCACCUCAAUGUAUUGCGGGGUGCUAAACCGGUGAAGCAGAAGCGAAGGCAUUUGUCGCAGGAAAGGAGAGACUUGUGAAGAAAGAGGUAGCAACCUUGCAAAGCAUUGGACACAUCCAGGAGGUGCAUUACCCGGAUUGGUUGGCGAAUG